GCGGUGAGGCUCGAGCCUUCGGUAGCCGUUUUCGUUCCAGGGGAGACGCGAAGGCCCAGGUUGCCAGCAUGUCGAUUAUGGCCUACCACGCGCGUCGCAAGGCGUCCAGGGCGUUCGCCCAAGCGUCGCUGUGGAACCGCGUGGCCGAGAGGCGGCUCAAUGACCUGAAGCAGUCGCUUGAGGCACCUGUUCCGCUGCGCAGCGUCGGUUUGCUGCCCAACGUGGCCUUGGCAAUGGACUCCAAGGACAAGUUUGUUACCGAGCAUGGGCCGGUAGACAAGAUGGAUGCAGAGACCGUGCAGCCAGCCAGGUCUGGGGCCGAGCCCCACAAAGAAGCUCAAGCCUGGCGCUGGCGGCUCUGGUCCUGA